GCAUGCCUUGUGGGUGCCCUGCAGGCGAGGCGCAGAUUCAGGUAUAGUAUCCUUAAUAUCCUGCAAGCUACUCGAAUCUUGCAGCAUCCUACGGUCCGCUCCUACGGGUCAUGGGUACCUUCAGAUCCCACACACAUCCUCAACCGUAUAUAAGCGGCCUAAUUCCACGGCUCAACCAAAGGCAGAAGAUUGAGGCCUCACGUCUUCUUGAUUCUUCUCUUACAACUAUUCCAACCUUGACUGCAUGAAGUCAACAUUCCAUCACAAAGGCGUGGUUGUAUUACAAACUCGCCAUUACUUGUCGUUCAGCCGCUUGUUUGUGCUGCAUCAUUCCGCUUGCUUCACCAACCAGACCGUACGACCUUACGAUACACCCUCAAGUUGGAUUUUCCACCUCUUCUGAAAGACACCCCCAUCCUUCACUUUCUCCGUCUUCCUUCCAACUUGGAUUGAAACCAUCAGAGCAUUGUCGAUAUGGACCUCCAACGCUUACGCCGGACCGCCGCCACCGGAACCUCGAGUCUGAUCGAACUGCCCGAAUACAUCAUCACCACCUUCUUCCCCAAUGCGCGUCCCUUGCUCGACCAACAUCCUUCUCUCUUCCGCUUCCUCGGCGUUCUCCUAGCACUUUAUUACUUCGGCCCCAUCGCGCGAUUUCAAUCUCUGUGGAAUCGCUUCUCGUCUCUUGUGGUCGCCACCGUGACCGUCUCGUCGGACGAAGACCUGUUCAACUAUCUAACAACCUACAUCGCUGACUCACGUACACUACGCGCAGACCAGUUGCUCAACGCCACGCUCAAUACGCCCCACGACUUUAUGCCUGGCGGCCGCCGUCGCCGCGGGCCCCAUCAUGACGACGUCGAAGAAUCCGCGCGCCGCACGACAGACCCAAAGAUCAAGUACGAGCAAGGCCAGGGCAUGCAGCUGUUCAUCUAUAAGCGCCGCUUAUUCUACAUCACCCGCAAAUACGGCGAGGGCCAUACCUACGCGGGCAAUCGGUACUCUCGUAUCGAAGUGCUGAGCUUAUCAUGCCUGGGUCGCUCCACGACCCCGAUCAAGGAAUUUGUCGAACACGUGUACCGCAUGAACAAGGAAAAGGAGCGCUCGUUGACGGUUAUUCGUCGGCCAUACGACGGUGGCUACGGUGGACGCUCGACGUGGUCGAGGCUGACGUCCAAGCCACGCCGCGCACUGGACACGGUGAUUCUAGACGCGGGUCAGAAAGAGCAAGUCCUGAAAGAUGUGGAGGAGUACAUGGACGAGGCGACGAUGAAUUUCUAUGCGAAUCAUGGCAUUCCGUAUCGGCGAGGAUAUUUGUUCCACGGGCCGCCGGGCGUUGGGAAGACCUCGUUUGCACUGGCGCUGGCAAACAAGUUCAAUCUUGACGUGUACAAUUUGACGUUGCUGGAUCACAAUUUGACCGACUCAGACCUGGUGUCAUUGCUCAAUCAAUUGCCGGGUCGUUCGCUGUUGUUGCUCGAGGAUAUUGAUACCGCGGGGCUGAAUCGCAAGGGCAAAAGCACGAUUGCCAGACGGAAACGUGGUGGGCGACAGAAGUUGCCUGUGGGCGCGGUCUCGAAGAAGAAGGAGAGCUCGGAUGGUAUUGACAUCAGUGACGACGAUGAGGAGAUGACCAACACGAGCCGUGUCACAUUGAGCGGGCUGUUGAAUGCGAUUGAUGGUGUUGCUGCGCCCGAGGGACAUAUUUUGAUCAUGACAACGAACAAGCCUAAUGAGCUGGACGAUGCAUUGGUUCGCGCAGGUAGGAUCAGCGUGAGAGUGGGGUUCAGAAAUGCCUCGAAGAGACAGGCCGAGGAGAUCUUCUUGCGGAUGUAUGUCGACCUGCCGAGUACGGGUCAGACGUCGGAGCAGAAGGAGGAACCGGAAAAGAAAGCUCAACCCACCAGUCUUGACAACCACACGGCGCAUCUUCAUGACUUGGCCAAGAAGUUUGCAGAUCUAAUUCCGGACUACGAGUUCUCACCGGCAGAUUUGCAGGAUUACUUGCUCAUCCACAAGAAGGAUGCUGCGAAAGCGGUCGAGGCUCUGCCAAAGUGGAUGGAAGAGACCCUCGACGAGAGACGGCGCAAGGAAGAGGAGAGAGAGGUUGAGCGGGAAUUGAAAAAGGAGGCCAAGCUCGAGGAGCGACGGAAGUUCAGGGAGGAGAUCAAAGCUGCGGUGCAAGAAACCAAGGACGGCCAAGAAGGUGAUGAUGAGAAGGACGAGGAUAAGGACAAGGCCGAAGACGCGACGAAUGAGGAGAGCAGUGAGGCUAAGUAAUGAGCAGUGGAUGAACGAGACUCGGGAUGCAUUGGACCUUGGGUUUGAAAGGAGAGGCUGCGUGAGCAUUAAAAAUCCGAGACUUCUGCAGACCCUUUGCUCUCUUGUAUCGAGAUUAUCGAUAGACAUCCCCAUAAGACUAUGUGGGCAGAAAAAGAAUUCGCUGAGAGGGGCGCCUUGGGUAGAC